GAGACGGGAAAUGUCAGUUCCCCGCAAGAACGUCACAUCUCGACGUCUCUGUUGGGAAAGAGCUGAUAGAAGAGAGAACAGAGAACAGGACAAGUACGCUUCUCCGGCUUAUAAAGAGACCAACAGCCGACACAAAACAGACUGGACACGAGGGACAGAGAAGGUGAAUGCGCCCUGAGAAUGAUUUUAAGCCUAUAUUUCCCCGAUCUGCUGUGUGUGUGAUUAUAACAGUGGAUUUUGUCAAGGAUGAUUCAGUCUCAGGAUCAUAUUUUCUGAUGCUUUUAUCAGGUCUUGUAUGGAUUUAUCAUAGCAAAAAUAUUUUCAAAAUCAACUUUUUCGGACUACCCACUUUUGGAGAACUUUUACGCACAGACUCCGUGUGUUUGGGUGACUACAAACCAUUACUACAAGCUUUUUUUUUUUUUUUUUUUUUUUAAGUGUUUUGAAACUUUCUGCGCGCUAUUUUACAUUUCAGGUUGCACACUAAUCCAGUUUGCCCGAUUUCUCAAGUGAAUCAUCGGUAUCACAUCUCGCUUCUUGGCUGUACCCGUAAUAGCAACACAGAUCGCUUAACACCUCGCGGACAGACGCUGGUGCCUUCUAAACUGGGGUUUGGUGCCAUAUAUGUUCUUUCUCCAUUUGUUUUGAGGAGUUUCUCAUCUCUAGACGACAAUAUUAUCUUCCAUCUGAAAUGCUGCCCCUGUCUCCUCUGCUGCUCCUCGUUUUCCCCGCUGCGCUCUUUGUGGCCGCGCAAGGCGCCGGGGACCUCCAGGGUUUCACCUUCCACAGUGGAAGCGCAGGCUUCGAUCCAACAGAUCCCUGCAUGAUGGUGUCUCCACCAUGUAUGAGCGAGGCAGAUCGCUACAGCCUGGAGGCCCUGCGGAGCAUCCAUCAGAUGAUGGAUGAUGACCAGGAUGGAGGGAUCGAGGUGGAGGAGAGUGUGGAGUUCAUUAUUGAAGACAUGAAGCAGCAGCAGACCAACAAACAUAGCAACCUGCACAGAGAAGACCAACACAUCACUGUUGAGGAGCUCUGGAGGGGCUGGAAGUCAUCUGAGGUACAUAAUUGGACUCAAGAUGCAGUGCUUCGCUGGCUGAAGGAGUUUGUUGAGUUACCACAGUAUGAGAGAAACUUCAAAGACUUUAAGGUCAAUGGAAACACUCUCCCCAGGAUUGCAGCUAAUGAGCCUUCAUUCCUGAGUGUCCAGCUGAGGGUUCAGGACCAGAGAGACAAACAGAAGCUCAACAUCAAAGCUCUGGAUGUAGUAUUGUUUGGGCCACCUACACGCCCUCCACAUAAUUACAUGAAGGACCUGCUGCUGAUUGUGUCAGUGGUGAUGGGAGUUGGAGGCUGCUGGUUUGCCCAGGCCCAGAACAAAGCCAGUAAAAUCCACAUAACCAAGAUGAUGAAAGAUUUGGAAAGUCUUCAGAGGGCUGAACAGAGCCUCAUGGAUCUACAGGAACAACUGGAGCGAGCCCAGGAAGAGAAGCGUAAUGUCGCAGAGGAGAAGCAGAACCUGGAGGAGAAGAUGAGGGAUGAGAUCAUAGGAGCACAGGAGGAGGCUCACCGUCUGCACGAGCUGAGGCAGGGAGCUGUCACUGAGCUCAGCCGCCUCCGAUAUGCAGAGGAAGAGCUAGAACAGGUCCUUGGGGCACUGAAGCAGGCUGAAAAGGACAUGCAGGCAAGCUGGACUGUAUCAGAGGCUCUCCAGCAGUGGCUGCAACUGACGCAUGAAGUAGAAGUCCAGUACUACAAUGUCAAGAAACACAGUGCAGAACUACAGCUUGCCACCGCCAAGGAAGAGGCAGAGAGGAUUAAGAAGAAGAGGAGUUCUGUACUGGGGACUCUCCAUGUCGCCCACAGCUCCUCUCUAGACCAGGUUGACCAUAAAAUCCUGGAAGCAAAGAAUGCCCUAUCUGAUGUAACAGCAUGCCUACGGGAGCGCCUCCAUCGCUGGCAGCAGAUUGAGCACCUCUGUGGCUUUCCCAUCAUCAAGAAUCCUGGUCUAGCAAACCUCACUGCUCAGCUCUACUCAGAUUCAUUGGCUUUGGGUUUCCCCAGAGCCACCCAGCCAUCUUGUUCAUGCCAUAGCUCCGAACAUGGAUCUAUAGAGGAUCUGUUAGAAGACCCAGCUUCUCCAAUCUUACCACAGAUGCCAGUUCCAGUUCCACCAAUGAAGCGCUCUCCUCGAACACGGGGAUCCACCAUAUGUCGGCCACGUCGUCCUGGUGUCAUCACUCAGCCACCAACUGCCAUGAUCUCCCCAGACCCUGACCUUCUCAUUCCCAUCCGAUCCCCUUACCCAUGCUUUGAUGAGGAAGAUGAGCUCUUCCUGAAAACUCUAAAAAAACAAGACACCCAAGAGAUUUUCUCAGAGGCUGAUUAUAUCACCUCAACUCCUCUCAGCAAAAUGUUCCGUAGUCCCGCUGUUGACCCCUCCUCUCGAAAGCUCUAUCAUGAUGAAACUGAGCUGCUUGCAGACAGCUCCAUUACAAAGCCUCUGAGUAAUGAAGUGGAAGCUGUUGAAUCUCCAGUUCGGAAAAUUUCCAUAGAUGAGCUUGAAGCCUCUGUAGAUGUUACCUGCAGGAAGAUGGCAAAAGACAAAGUGCUGGAUACGUCUUCCGAAACCCCUUUGAAGAUGUCCAAAGAGGAGUCUUUGAUAGAAGCUAUAUCCAGGAAGAUAUCCAGAGACAGGAUGGACAUUCCCAUGGAUGUUACUGUUAGAAAGUGUCUUGCCAGUGAGUUGGAUGCAGAAUUUCCAUCCAGGAAAGUAGAGAGAGAUACCAUGGGGGAUUUGAUGGACACUGCUUCAAGGAAUAUAUACAGAGAAAAAAGUGAUUUACCACUGGAUGUGAGAAAGCUUCUUUGGAAUGAAUUAGAAGCACUGACAGAUCAACAGACAUCACGGAAGCUAUCGAGAGAUAUGAUGGGGGCUUCAAUGGACAGCAUCACAAGAAAGAUAAUAAGAGACGAUGCUGAGCGUCCAUUUGACUCAGUUUCCAGAAGACUUACAAGAGAUUCAAUGGGAAUGUCCCUAGACACGGGUUCUAGAAAGCUUCCACGCAAUAAAGGAGAAUGCCAGCUUGAUUCCUCUGUGAGGGCAUUAGCAAUAGACAAAAUGGUUGAAACCACUAGAACACCACCAAGAAAGAUAUCUAGAGAUGAAUUGGAGUAUAGUACAGAUACUGUUUCCUUAAAGUUGCUACCCAGAGAGAGAUUUGAUGCACUUAUGGAUACCUCAUCUUCUGCAGAGAAGCAAGAGUUUGGUUUAGAGCCAUCAGCAAACAGGAGGAUACUUAGAGAUGAACUUGAGAUGUCUGCUGGUUCUCUCAGAAGGAGAAUACCAAGAAUGCCAAGAGAGGAUAUUGACAGUUCCAUAGACAAUCCCAAAGGAAAUAUUUGGGAUAGAGUUGAUAUUCCAAUGGAAAUACCUAAACAAUCGAUACUGAGGGAAGAGUUUGAAGCAUCUGAAUCAAGUUCAUCUCCAGGUCAAAUUGGACAGCCAGACCUUAUGGUAACUUCCCAGGUGCCAUGGAAGUCGUCAUCAGACCUUUUCACCGUUGGCCCAUUGAGCCAGCUUGUGUAUGAUGGAAUCCUUGAGAAAUCCUGCAGCUCCAUGACAACAGCCCCAACCAGCCUCUCUGCCUCAACACCUAACCUCCCUCAGAGCAGGCUGCUAGCGGAGAUGGAGCCACCUUUACCACCACCAAGGGUGACCUUCCAAUCUCCUGCUUCACCCACUGAAACUAGAGAUGAGAGGAACAAGGAUAAGGAAAAGAGCAAGAAAUCCCUGAAGCUUAAAAAUCUUUUUAAAAAGAAAAAUGAGUCAACUCCAGAGAAGCUUCAAAGUGGUCUUCAGAAACUCUGACAAUCAGUUGAUAUUGUAUAUUCAAUCAGCUGAUAUUUUCUUUUUUUCCUCUUUGCUAAUAUUUUAUUGAACCAGAAAACUGAGUUUCAGAAUCUUAUUGAAGAUAUCAAGUAGCAGUUUUAGAAAACAUAAUCUUACUUAAAACUUUUCUGACAUUUCCAUAAUAUCAACAUAAAAGUAGAGUAAGAGAAAUGGUAUAUUGAUGUUUCCAGUCUCUGAGCACUGACAGAGUCACAGUAUGAUAUCUAAUGCUGAGUGUAAAAAGAAUUAAAGAUAUAGUACAUUUAGGCAUAUAAGUCAGUUGCAUAUGUAAGGAAAUCAAUAUGACACUCAGUAGAGUUUUUACAUAAUUUAUUUUAUAUUUAAAGAUGAUUUCUUUCAUUAAGUCUUAUGUAGACAUAUGGUUGAUACCAUAUUUUAGGUGUAGAUUUUUUGAUGCUUUGCCUAUGGUUGAAGGAUUAAAUGAUGUUUAAUCAGAUGCUGCUCUUCUGUAUAACAGAGGCAAUGCUUGAAUUUGAUUUAAACCUCCAAUGAAGACACUUAUUGCAGUAGAAAAUGAAUGGAUUCUAUUCUGAGAGAAAUGUUAUUAAAUUUAGCGAUGUCUUGAUAACAGUAUUUUCCCCUGAUCUUGAUUUGAGUCAUAUGAUAUAGGGUAUGAAAUAGAGCAUAGUCUGACAAUUUGUAAACUUUUCCACACAACUGCAUAGUGUACACAUAAAUAUUAGUAAGACUACUGAAAGGCACUGAAAACCUAGUUUGUUAAUUAGCUUACUGUGAAUGAUGGAAUCCUACAUCAACACUAAAUUUAGAGCAACUACAAUCAGCACUAAGUAGAUUAGCCAGUUAUAUUUUAGAUUUGGACUGGGUUUUUUUUCUUCUUAUCUUUACAUUUGAUUGUUGCCUGAUUUGUGCUUGAUUUGAAACCAACAUAUGUUUGACAGCUGAGUAGGUUUGCACUCCAUUAUAUAACAAAAAAUGUUUCCCUUAAAUGGUGUCAUGUAAUAUUUUGCAUAGAUUGUCCAAAAUCAAUAUGGAAAGAGAUGGAUCAAUGUAAAUCUGUUGUAGCAGAGAGCUUUGGACAGAGUUUUAGACAGCCUCUUUUUAUCUCAAGAAUGAUCAAAAGUUUGAAUGCCAUUUUACAACCAACAUCAGCACUUUUAAGGAGUGAUUCACUUGCAAAAUGUUGCUGAAAUUACAUUGUUCACUAAGGCGUGUGCUGUUGCAACUGAAACUGCUGGCUGCUUCGUAUUUAUUUUGUGCACUCUACCAUUCACUCACAGACACCUUGGUCAAAGCAUAAUGGUGGUAUUUUCAUGAAGUGCAGUGGGGCAUUUUUAACAUUUGGUGAACCAGUUACAAACAAAUAGUCUACAAGUUUGCAAAUGGAUCAGGCUUUACAUUAUAAAUAGUGACACAUUUAUAAAAGAAUCCUCUGUGAUCCCGAUCCUGUGGAUCAGCUUUGGACAACCAAAGUUUUAUUUAAAACAUUCAUCCUGGAUCUUAAAAAUGCUCAAGUUUACUUGCUAAAACAGUAAAUGUGAAAAUACUGUUGCUGUUUUCUUUUUUUAAUGAGUGCAUUUAAAUGCAUAUUUUCAAUGCUUGAAUUGUUUGUUUAUGGAGGAUUUAUGUUUCUUUUAUUGUUUACAGGCAUAAAGUCAAUGCCUUGACUAGUUUAAAAAAAUGUAGCUUUUAAUUGAUUUUAAAAAGACUUAUUGGAAUACAUUUUUAAUACAUCUUUAAUUUCUUUGUUUGACUGUCAAGUGUCAGGAAUAUAUGAAUAAAAUGUUUUCCCUUGUCUUAGAUGAGGACAACUGCUGAAUUCUAGUAUGAAAAAAAUAUUUCAUGUGCUGUUGUCAUCUGCUGAUUUAUUUAACAACUGGUGAUAGAAGAAAUAAAUAAGGUCAAAUCUGAAUGUUAAUCGCAGUUUAACAGUGAAGUAGUCCUUAUAUUAUGAUUAUUAUGAUUAUGAGUUGAAGAACAGAACCUUCAUGCUCAGCAAUAGGGAAACUUUGAUGGGUGAUGUCUUUGUACAAAAGACAACUGAUUGAACAGAACAGCAGUGUUAACAGUAAGACUUAGAAUUACAGAGCCACAGUAUAAUUCAGUUUGGAGUGUUGAACUGUAAGAUCCAACUCUUUUGUUUGAAUCUUUGAUGCAUCGCAUUAUCUUUCCACUAGAGGUCAGCUGAGUUUCACCUGGAGACUGUCUCAGUUACAGGUCAUUAUGGUCAUGGUUAUUGUACAGUAUAUCUUUCUUUUCCUUUUAAUUUGCCAAUAAAAGAAGUUUAAUAAAUUUUCAGAGAAGCAAAGAAUUAAUUAAAUAAUUCAUUUUACACCAAAUGAAACACCUAGAAUGAAAAAUACGCAAAAUAUUUUGACUGGUCAGAAGUUAAAAUGCACAAUGCAUAUACAACCAUAUUAAGCAUAUUAUUGAACUAGGAGUUAACCAAGUAAAAGAAAUGCUCACAAUAUGCUAGCUCACCCUACAGUUCAAAUACUGUUCCAUACUGUUCAAUACUGUUUGUACAUAGGUAUAUUCACGUGUUUAAUAGUUUGAUUAAUUGCUUUUAAUCAAUAAUGCAAGUCUAUUUUGAUAAAACACAGAGAAGCAGUACCCAUUAUGAGAUACAUUAAGUUCUAAUGAGGUUAUGAAUACCUGUAUUGAGUAUUGUUGUUUUCAGUGUGACUGUCAGCCUCUUAAGUUCAUUGUACUCAUGUACUUGCUCACUCACUCGCUUGGUUUAGCAGGAAGACUUGAAACACAGAACACACAUAACAGCUAAAAGAAAGACAAGAGGAAAUGGCAAGUUAAACUCUGGACCUGAAUUUGAAGCUUUUGGUUUUAAACUCAUUUCAUGCUGUGUGAUGUCUUUGAAGACCCCCUCUUCUGUCUGGUCUCUGCCUACUGGUGUGUUUGUCUGUCUUGAGCCCAGAACACAACAUGUGUUGUAUACACACUUUUUACAAACUUUCAGCUGCAUCAUUCUUUCCAGUGUUGGCUGGUAGCGAAAACCUCUACUACACACUUAUGGUCAAUAAAGUUUUCUUUCUUAA